AAGUCCCCCUGCCUCAGCCACCUGAGCAGCUGGGAUUAGAGGUCUCUGCUGACAGAUGUUCCUCACCCCAAAUUCCUGAACGUUUACAAGAAAGCAGGGGAAAGAGCCUGGUGUGGUGGUGCAUGCCUUUAAUCCCAGCACUUGGGAGCAGAGGGAAGCUGGCUCCACCCAGUAUCAUCGGUCCCAACGGUCAGGUCAUCGCCCCUCUCAAGCCUGGAAGCCCGAGUCCCUGGUGGUUCCGUCUGGUCCCAGCAAGUUGGAGGUGGAAGGAGCCUUGCCUGAGACCUUCUGUUUACACACACUGAGAACGGCAUGUGCCAGUCAUAGCCGGAGGAAGGGACCGCAGACACUGGCCACCUUCCAUGCUGCCUUCAUUUCCAGGACUUUUUUUUUUUUUUUCGGCUCCUUUGCUUUCUAGCUCAGUGAUCUUAUUGGACAGAUCUGUCUUCUUGCUUCCACCACAAUUGUCCUAGACAAAUCCCUAAGGUCAAGAAACACUUUCAGUCCCCCUCAGUUGACUCUUUUCCUACCAUGGAACCACCUCAGCCUGAACAUACAGCCCCCGAGAGGGCCAGGAGUAUAGAAGCUGUCACCUCGGAAAGCCAUGAGAAGCUGUCGGACUCAGAGGAACACUGUCAGGAGGCUGGAGACACUACUGAGGGAGCUGGAGCCCAGGAGCCCGGAGACCAGGCGUUGCUGGCUGCCCAGGACCAGGAUGGGGAUCAUCUGGAGUCCCCACCUCCUCCUGAAGCCAGCUCCAGUCCACCUGUGCCGGCCUGUGGCAUGUCACCCGAGGUAGAGACGAUAGGGACGUGCUCCGGCCUGCAGAAACAUCCACCGUCCCCAAGGACACAGCAGCCUGAGCUGGAUUUCCACUGUGUGAAGUGGAUCUCCUGGAAGGGAGAGCGGACGCCCAUCAUCACCCAGAGCACCAACGGCCCUUGUCCUCUCCUUGCCAUCAUGAACAUCCUCCUUCUUCAUUGGAAGGUGAAGCUGCCACCCCAGAAGGAGGUGAUCACGUCAGAUGAGCUCAUGACACAUCUUGGAAACUGCCUCCUGUCCAUCAAGCCCCAGGAGAAGUCUGAGGGCCUUCAGCUUAAUUUUCAGCAGAAUAUUGAUGAUGCCAUGACCGUGUUACCCAAACUGGCCACGGGUUUGGACGUCAACGUGCGCUUCACAGGCGUCUCGGACUUUGAAUACACACCCGAGUGCUGCGCCUUCGACCUGCUGGGCAUACCGCUCUACCAUGGCUGGCUCGUAGACCCACAGAGUCCUGAGGCUUCAAGCGCGGUCGGGAAACUGAGUUACAACCAGCUGGUAGAGAAGAUCAUCACCUGUAAACACUCCAGCGACCCCAACCUUGUGACAGAAGGUGAUCUCGCUCUUCCCUCGUGGAUCUUACAUGAAGGGAAGGAUGAAUGACAGGGCUUAUUAGUU